GUGUGUAUAGUCCAGAAGAGAGAUUCAAAGAAGAUGUAUGCAAUGAAGUACAUGAAUAAAGCAAUGUGUGUGAAGAAUGAAGCCGUGAGAAACGUUCUGAAAGAGGUGGAGAUACUGACAAACCUAGACCAUCCAUUCCUUGUCAAUCUUUGGUUUACAUUUCAGGAUGAGGAGGACAUGUUUAUGGUUGUGGAUCUCCUGCUGGGUGGAGAUCUGAGGUACCACAUUCAACAAGAAAGUCAGUUUAACGAGGACAGAGUGAAGCUGUAUAUUGCUGAGAUAUCCUUGGCUUUAGAUUACCUGCAGUCUAAACAUAUUAUUCACAGGGACAUAAAGCCGGACAAUAUUCUGCUUGAUGAGGAAGGUCAUGUCCAUAUAACAGACUUUAACAUCGCCACGGUGAUCAGUGAGGGACAAUUAGCCACCUCUAUGUCGGGAACAAAGCCUUAUAUGGCUCCAGAAAUGUAUGCUUGUGCCUUAGAGGAAUGUUCUGGUUACUCCUAUGCUAUAGACUGGUGGUCACUAGGGAUCUGUGCCUACGAAAUGCUCAGAGGAAGGAGACCAUAUGAGAUCCAUUCAAGCACAACUGCUCAAGAAGCAAAGCAUAUUUUUACUGGUUCACGGCCCUGCUCAUCUGCCUUGUGGGAAGAAAGUAUACGAGGAUUGCUCAAACAGUUGUUGCAUUUAGACCCUGAAAAGAGAAUAUCUACACUGACAGUGCUGAAAGAAAACAAAUACAUGGAAGACAUUGAUUUUGCCAAGGUCCUACAGGGGCAAAUUAAACCCUCAUUUGUGCCUUCAAAAGAUCAUUUGAAUUGUGACCCCACAUAUGAACUUGAGGAAAUGAUAAUUGAAGCCAAUCCAUUGCACAAGAAGAAAAAACGACUAGCAAAACAGAGUUCCAGAAGAUCAGACGGACAUGUGAAUUCUCAGGAAACAAAUGAUGAAGAAAAAGCGAUAGAAUUAGCCUUUGCCAACUUCCAGGCCUUCAACAGGGAGAGAGAGACAGGUGAGAAGCGCCGCCUCCGUAUGACUACAAGUGAUUCUGCUUUAGCUCAACAUAAGAUAUCUCAUUCAGACGUAGAUAAAGACUUUAAGAAAAAAGCUCUUAGUAAAGCCAAUAGUGAAUCUACUGCACAAUAUUUAAGGGUGCAGGACAAGACUUGAUGUGGAGAGUUUUAUGUUAUUAAGUUUAAUCUAAUUGUGAUAAUGUUUGACUUAAUAUGUUUUCCUUAUCUAGUCAGGACCUUAUAAUGUUAAUUAAUGAUAUACAGUCGAACUUCGUUCCCUCGAAUUCGGAUAAUUAGAGCACCACCCUUCAUUCAAAAUCAUCGUCAGGUCCCGGCCAAAUUCCUAUAUUAAAUUUUUAUUGUUCGAUAACUUGAACAAAUUUUGAUGAUCCUGUUGAGCUCGAGAUAAUGAAGUUUGACUGUACAUAUAACUGAUUAAUU